AUGGGUCAAAAAAGGAAGUUAAUGUUUUUUACUAAAAUUAAUGUCUUUAUCCUUUUAACUUGGAUAUGUCAUACUGACGAUAAGAUGGGUACCAUUAAUAAACAUUUCCAUCAAAAGAUUUACGUUUAUAGAAUAUUAAGUAAAAAAAAAUAUGGAUUUUUUGGACAACGUAAUGAGAAAGGGGAUUCGAAUAUUUUAAGUGUAGAAACAGAUAUGCCUACUAUUGAAGAGAGCGAUAAAUUAUAUAAAUCUAAAAUAAUAAAUGUAACCGAUAAAAAAAAUUUAACGCAAAGUAUAAGUUCAUUAAAAAGUGAAGUAAAAUUCCAAUUAAAUGGGGAAAAUGUAUUAUCUGUGAACACUGAAAAUGAUUCAUUAUCUAGAGAAAAAUCCUUAGACAGAAUAUGCUUAAAAAACAAAGAUAAGUGCGUUACGAAUCCUAAUAAUGAGAAUGUUAAGAGGAAGAUAUAUAUUAAAUAUAUUUUUCUUGUUAUUUUACCUGUGUUACUCCCAUUAGCUGAAAUCAUAUUGUAUAUAUGUGAAUUUAUGUUGUGCUCUGAACACACUGAUUCUAGUGAUAUUGCAUUGUGUACUAUUUCAAAAAUAAAUGUGGGAGUUAUGUCAUCAUUGACAUAUAUAAUUAUAAUGUUGAUUAUUUUUAUCUGUGAGAAAAUUAUAAAAAGUGAAAAAUUUAUGGGUUUAAGAACUUAUACGAAAAAAAAAAAAUUUACUAUUCCUAAAGUAGGCUUUUGGAUUAAAUAA